GCGAGCGCAGCCCGGGACCGAGCGGGGCGGAGCGGCUGGCGGGGCCGGCGGCUGCUGGAGCGAGAGCGCGACGCGACCGCGGCUUCCCGAGCUCCGCCUGGCCGCCCAGCGCCGCAGCCCGCCCGAGGCCUGGAGGGGUCCGGGCCGGCGUCCAUGGUUGCGGCGUCCUGAGGCGGGGGACGCGCCCGGUGCCCCCAGCCCUCCGCCUCCUCCUGUCCGGCGGGCGGCCUCCUCCGGCGCCUCCCUGCGCCCGCCCGCCGCCUCCCUCCCUCCUUCCCUGCGGCUCCCCCGGCUUUCGGGAGCCCGGGGGCGGCCUGUGGCGCGCCGAGCCCGCGCCGGACUGCGCCUCUUUGGACCUUGAGGGGAAACAUGCGUUUGGCUUGGAUCGUUUUAAAUUCUUAGUUUGGGAUCCCCGCCCGCCUGGCUCUUCCGCCCCACGGGUUUUCUUUUCUUUUUUCUUUUUUUUCCCUUUUUUUCCCUCCGGGUCUCCUUUUUGACUCCCUCCCCAUUUAUGCUCGCCCAACCCUCCCCCCGCUGCUGAGAAGUGGGGGAGGGUCUCGGCCUCCAGGUUCCCGCCCCACCGGGGCCCGGGCGAGCAUGGGGGGCAAGCAGAGCACGGCGGCCCGCUCCCGGGGCCCCUUUCCGGGGGUCUCCACCGAUGACAGCGCCGUGCCCCCGCCGGGAGGGGCCCCCCACUUUGGGCACUACCGGGCGGGCGGCGGGGCCAUGGGGCUUCGUAGCCGCUCGGUCAGCUCGGUGGCGGGCAUGGGCAUGGACCCCAGCACGGCCGGGGGGGUGCCCUUUGGCCUCUACACCCCCGCCUCCCGGGGGACCGGCGACUCGGAGAGGGCGCCAGGCGGCGGAGGGUCUGCGUCCGACUCCACCUAUGCCCAUGGCAAUGGUUACCAGGAGACCGGCGGCGGUCACCAUAGAGACGGGAUGCUGUACCUGGGCUCCCGAGCCUCGCUGGCGGAUGCUCUACCUCUGCACAUCGCACCCAGGUGGUUCAGCUCGCACAGUGGUGAGUCCGCGGGCGGUGGAGGCCUCGGAGGGUGGAGUGCAAGGGAGGGCGCGCCGGGGCGCCCCAAACCUUCGCGCGCUUGCGAAGAUUUGGAUGUGGAGUGCGCGACCUGGAUCUGUCUGCCUUCCCUUUGGUUCCUGGGGAUGAAUGGGCUAUCUCCCCUUUAG